CGUUGAAAAUCCAGCAACAUGCGACACACACACACUACUACUACUACUACUACUACUACACUACUAGGUUCUUGUCCUACCAGAAAUGAACAAUGAACAUGCUGCUUCUUUCCUACAAGAAUCGUUACACUGUCCCAACCCUCUUCUUCCUCACACUCUCCAUCUUCUUCUUCUUCUUCUACUUGUUCUUCACCAAAACUGCUCUUCACCCCGCUCUCUCCCAACAACAACAUCAUCACACCGAUCUCGUUCUCCAUCUCCAACCUUCUCCUCUCCUCUCUCCGCCACCGCCACCACCACCACAAUCAUCACCGCCGCCGCCACCCUCCACUGUAGAAGAACCACCACCCGAACCUGCUGCCAGUGCUACGGAUCAUGAAUCUGCCACCGAAGAAACUGUUGAUAAUGCGGCGUGGAAGGAAUGCGAUUUGUUCUCGGGAACAUGGGUGGAGGAUCAAAACUACCCAAUUUACCAACCGGGUUCUUGCCCUUAUGUGGAUGAGGCUUAUGAUUGCAAAAUCAAUGGAAGAACCGACACUCGCUACACCAAAUGGCGCUGGAAGCCUUAUGCCUGUGAUCUUCCCAAGUUUAGUGCCCAGGACUUCUUGGCAAGACUGAAAGGUAAAACACUAAUGCUGGUUGGAGAUUCUAUGAACCGGAACCAAUUUGAGUCCAUUCUGUGCAUACUACGUGAAGGUCUGCAUAAUAAGAGCAAAAUGUAUGAGGUACAUGGACACAAAAUAUCAAAGGGAAGAGGCUAUUUCGUUUUUAAAUUUGAGGAUUACAAUUGUACAGUGGUGUUCGUGAGAUCUCAUUUCCUUGUGAGGGAAGGAAUUCGUACAAAUGGGCAAGGCAGCACAAACCCUACAUUAUCAAUAGAUCGGAUAGACAAGACAUCUGGUCGCUGGAAGAGGGCUGACAUUCUUGUUUUUAAUACCGGGCACUGGUGGGCUCAUGGAAAAACUGCUCGAGGGAUAAAUUAUUAUAAAGAAGGUGAUUAUCUAUAUCCAAAAUUUGAUGGAGUUGAGGCAUACAGAAAGGCUAUGAAGACCUGGGGAAAAUGGAUUGAUGCUAAUAUCAAUCCACGAAAACAGAUGGUCUACUAUCGUGGAUAUUCUUCUGCCCAUUUCAGAGGUGGAGACUGGGACUCAGGAGGGUCAUGCAAUGGAGAAACUGAACCAGUUUUGAAUGGUUCCAUCCUGAAUAACUAUCCAUUGAAAAUGAAGAUAGUGGAGGAAGUGAUCCAAGGAAUGAAGGUUCCUGUAAAGUUGUUAAAUGUCACGAGGCUGACUAAUUUCCGCAAGGACGGCCACCCAUCUGUGUAUGGGAAGAACCCAAUAGCUGGAAAGAAAGUCUCCACAAGGAAGCAAGACUGCAGCCAUUGGUGCCUUCCUGGGGUCCCUGAUGCAUGGAAUGAGCUCAUUUAUGCCACACUGGUUUUUCAACAAACAGGUUCAACGAAUUAACUUGUAUAUGAUCCUUUCUUUCAAGGGGUUUACUUUUUGUUUGGGCAAAAACAGAUGGAAAUAGAGAAUGUUUCUCUUGGCUAACAUCAGGGUCAUUGAGAAACAAUGAAAAGUGUAUCAUUAUUCUUUCAUUGAGCUCUCUCCUCUCAAGUGGGAGUUGCUUUAGAGUGUAAAGUAAGCUGUUAUAACUGUUGAUUUCUCAAUUAACAGUUGUGAUUGAGAUCAUAUACUUGCACUGUAUAACAAACUAUGAUGUUCAACUUAUAUGAUUUCUAAAUCAACGGUUAUGAUAGCUUACUUUACACAGUAAAGCGACUUCACCACUUUAGAGGAGACAAGUUGUAUUACCACAAGACUGAUCAUUAGAGGACUAGCAAAGUGUAUUUAAUUGCACAACAUCAAGUCAAAAGUCAAUAUAAAUAUUAGUUUUGUUAUC